AUGGAUUCUGACGAAGAAAAUAGGGUUCUUUUUUAUCGGCAAGUUAAGUCUCACGGUGAUGGAUUUGAUCAGAUGAUCGAGGACCAGAAGGAUAACGAAGGGUUCGAUCAGGGAUCUUCCGACGAGUUACAGAAGAUGAGCGAAAAGCCGUUUUCGUCUUACUCGGAGCUCCGCGAAGGAAAAUCUGAGAGUAAAACUAACGGAGCUUCAGCUUCAGGUUCGUCAUCAGUUCGAGUUUGUGAUUUCUGUGGAAGAGAGUUCAGUUCUGGAAAAGCCCUAGGAGGUCACAGAAGAUAUCACAUUCAAGCUCAGAAAAAGAUGGAGGCGCAGAAUCAGGCUCAAGAACGAGAAAAGGUGAAUCGUCAUCAAUAUCCUUCAACUAAUUAUACCCUAAGAAUCAAGCCCAAUAAUAUCUCUGAGGAUUGCGUCGGCGAUGAUAAUCUCAUCAUCAAAUCGAACAUUGGGAAUCUCAAUUCUUCGAGAUCUUUCCGUUGUUGUGUCUGCGACAAGAAUUUCCCCUCCAAGAAGUCAUUGUUCGGCCAUAUGAGAUCUCAUCCUGAGAGAGAAUGGAGAGGUAUGAACCCUCCUUUCACUGAUCACGUUCUGGCUUCCUCUUCUUCUGCAGAAGUCUUCAAAGUAGAAGAUAAGCAUCAAGAUAAUGAUGAAGUUAAUGUUAACAACAAUAAUGGAUCUUCAUCUUCAACUUUAGAAGAGUCAGUAGUAGUUGAUCUUUCUUCAUCUUGUUCUGGAAGUAGCUGGCGCAAGAAAGAUAGAAGAGGAAGAAAAAGCAUUGGAGCUGCAGAAGCAGCUCAAACCCUUAUUGAGAUGUAUCUCUAUGGAAGCUACGAGCCACUAUUACCAGUGAAGAAAAGGAAUAGGGAUGUGAAUGAUGUUGGUUCUUCACAACCUGGAAAACAAAGCUUGGAUUACAAGGAGAAGCUAGAGUUAAAAGCUGAUGAGAAUAAUAUCUGGGAGAUGAAAGUGAUCAGCUUAAUGAAAGAGAAGAAGCUUAGGAAGAAGAACAAGAAGUUAAAGAAAGGUCCAGAGAUUAUCAAGUCAGAAGGAGAAGUGCUGAUAAGAACUCUGAAGGAAGAAGUGAAAAAGUCACAAAGCUAUAGGAAAGAACAUAGUUAUAAGCACCAAGGGAAGGAAGUAGUGGAAGAACAAAGAGGAGGAGGAGGAGAAGCAGAAGAAGAAGAGGACAAGGUUUGCAUCAAUGGAGCUUUGUCAAGUGCAGGACUGAUGAGUUGUGAAGAAGAGGACGAAGAAGGAGAAGGAGAAGGAGCGUCUCUGAUUGUUAGUGAAGAGAGAUUAGGAUCAAGUUCGAAUGACCAAGAGAAUAACAGUAAUGAAGAGGAAUUGGGAGAGGCAAGUCAUCAAUCUGCAGGUUCGAAAAUUCUGGAUUUUGAUCUGAAUGUGCCUUAUGUUUCGGAGCACGAAGUAACUGAUGAUAUAUAA